GCGCGCUUGCGCGGCGUAGCCCCGGCAUAGCCCCGGGCUGCCCGUGUUGGCCGCGCCAUUGUUGGGGGAGGGGGGGACUGCUGAGCGCGGCAGAGUCGGUGGGCGAGCGGAGGCGGCGACGGCGGCCAAGAGUGGAAGCACUCCAUGGGGAACACGCUGACCUGUUGCGUGUCCCCCAAUGCCAGCCCCAAGCUGGGCCGACGCUCGGGGUCGGCGGAGCCGGACUACGAGUCUGAGGUCUAUGAGGCAGCGGCCGGGGACGCUGUGGCAGUAGCGCCGGCGCCUGCUGCCCCGGAGCCCGCCGAUUUGGAUUUCGGAGCCGGCGAGGGCCACCACCUGCAGCACAUCAGCGACCGGGAGAUGCCCGAAGACUUAGCUUUGGAAUCCAACCCUUCUGACCACCCAAGGGCAAGCACAAUUUUCCUGAGCAAAUCUCAAACAGAUGUGCGAGAAAAGAGGAAGAGCAACCAUUUAAACCAUGUAUCUCCAGGGCAGCUUACUAAAAAGUAUAGCUCAUGCUCAACAAUAUUUCUAGAUGACAGCACAGUCAGCCAGCCUAAUCUUAGAACCACAAUAAAAUGUGUGACCUUAGCAAUAUAUUACCACAUAAAGAACAGAGAUGCAAAUAGAUCCUUGGAUAUUUUUGAUGAGAGAUCACAUCCACUCACACGAGAAAAGGUUCCAGAGGAAUAUUUCAAGCAUGAUCCUGAACACAAAUUUAUUUACAGAUUUGUUCGUACUCUUUUUAGUGCUGCACAGCUAACAGCCGAAUGUGCAAUAGUAACUUUGGUUUACUUAGAAAGACUUUUAACUUAUGCUGAGAUCGACAUUUGUCCCACUAACUGGAAAAGAAUUGUUUUGGGAGCCAUUCUUCUUGCCUCCAAGGUUUGGGACGAUCAGGCUGUGUGGAAUGUGGACUACUGCCAGAUCCUCAAGGACAUUACAGUUGAGGACAUGAAUGAGAUGGAAAGGCAUUUUCUGGAGCUACUUCAGUUUAAUAUUAAUGUUCCUGCCAGUGUUUAUGCCAAAUACUACUUUGACCUUCGCUCCUUAGCAGAUGACAACCACCUGAAUUUUCUGUUUGCUCCUCUUAGCAAAGAAAGAGCACAGAACCUAGAGGCCAUUUCCAGAUUGUGCGAAGACAAAUACAAAGACCUAUGUAGAGCUGCUAUGAGAAGAUCUUUCAGCGCUGAUAAUUUCAUUGGUAUUCAGCGCUCUAAUGCCAUCCUCUCUUAAAGGAAAAAUGAGAGGCUGUAACAUCAUGAGCCUCUCACCUACAAGGACUGGAGAAAUAUCACUUCUCCUGCUCAAAAACCAGCAAUGUUAUAGUAUUUUCACCUAAAAGACAAGACAUCGAAUUCGAGAGACUCCUAGAUUGCAAGGACUAUGCUCAUAGGAAAGAAUGGGACCUUGUCAAUGCAACACACUGUCCUUUUUAAUGUAAACAGAGUUACAAAAACCACUCCAAAGCAAAAGCUCCCAACCUACACACAGAUAUCUGCUUACAGUGUAGGCUGAUAGCUGUGAACUAUGUGAGGUUUUUAAUUGAAGUUUAAAUUUUUAGACUUUAAAGACACUAACUAUAUAACUUUUAUGUCUUUCCUCCUAUUUUUCUCCCCCACCCCCCAUAUUGCUGCAUAUUCCUUCAGAGUCAAUGCAGUAUUACCAUUAAAACAUGGGACCCCUAACAACCCAUAAAGCCACUUAGGAAUAGACUGUAGCACUGUUAGGUAUGGAAGGGUUGGUUCUCCCUCCCUGCUACAUCAUUGAAGCUGCUAGUCAUUACUGGCAAUCAGUUUAAACCAAAAAGCUGCUGAGUAAUACUUAUCAUUCAACUUCUUUGCAAGCACUGCUUAUUAGCAUGGUAGCACGUUUGGGAUACUAGAAAGUAUCGGUCAUUGAUUACCUACUAUUGGGUCUAUGCUGCAUACCUUACAAACUAUAAUGGUGCUUCUCAUUUUCUGAUGAUUUUCCUUUGUUAAAUAAAUGCAUCAAAAGGGAUUUUCAUAAUUCCAGCCAACAUGGUGGUCCGGUGAUAACAAGCAGGUAGUGAAAUAGAAGGUGUCCCACAAGUCUUAGUGCAAUUUUAAGCUUUGAUACAGUGUGCUUGGUCCCCCGAGGGCACUGCUGCAGAAAUAUAAAUGCCACACACUUUCAAAACAUCAUUUGAAAGUUUAAUUAAAUUCUCUUAAACUUAUGUGGUUUUGUAAAUUUUAAGUAUUAAGCUUUUAAUCUUACAUUUAAUGUUUUAGUUUUAGCCCCGUCUUGAAGAUGGCAAAGAUUGGCAUCCGCAUGUUAGCCAAUCUUUGCCAUCUUCAGGAGAGGGGCUGAAACAAAAACAUUAAAUAUAAGAUUAAAAGCUUAAUACUUAAAAUUUACAAAACCAAAUAAGUUUAAGAGAAUUUAAUUAAACUUUCAAAUGAUGUUUGUAAGUUUGUAGCAUUUAUACUUCUACAAGUGUCAAAGCUUCAAAUUGCACUAAAAUUUUAGGGGGGAUACUUUGUAUCUUCAUAGAAAUGCCCUUUUUUAAAAAUAGCUCUUUGCAGGGCUGUGCUCUAUACCUGCUUUGAUUACCGAAGUUUCUUUUUUUCCUAGAUUUGGUAAAGGAAGAUUAUGAAGAGCAGUGUUAAUUCACAUGUAACAAAUUGAAAGGAAUUGGACCCUAAUAGUAGUGAUACGAAACAGCUUUUCUACCCUACGUGUUAACCUGGCUGCAGGUGUCCUUGGUAUUUAAGAGAAAACAUACAAAUCUUAGUAACCCUUACCUCAGGCUUUAAAGGGCAGGGAGUUAAGUAAUCAAUCCUUUAGGAGAUUGGUAAAAUGUCAAACUUGAAAUACUAACAAAAAAAUCUAAUGUUUUCAACUAUAUGAAAUCUUUCUCCUACCUUCUCAAAUGUAUUGAUGGAAAUUUUGCCUAUAAACAAGCAUUUCUGGGCCAAGGAAUACUUUUCCCUCAACAUAGCAAAGCUUCACAUUAUAUUGAGUGCUGCAGGUUCCAUCACUUUUAAAGGUCAGAAACAAAUGAUAGGUAAAUAAUGGUAUAUAAAAUAUUACAAUCUACCACCUCAAAAAACAUUGUUUAUGGAGUUUGGAGCUUGGAGAGUCAAGUAUUGAUUGCAGUUUUAUUUUAAAAAGAAUGCUACAACUUAACGUGGUUUUUCUUCCUCAUGUUUAUAUUAAAAGCUAUUAAACUCUAUUUUAAUUAAAAUA